UGACGGAUAUGCAUCAAAUUUGGGGAACUGCGUUGAUAGAAGCGAAGGAAAGUUUACUGGCUUGAAGAGUCAUGAUUGUCAUGUAAUUAUGCAGCGCCUCCUUCCGUUUGCUUUUUCAGCAUUAUUGCCACGUAAUGUUCAUGAAGCAAUUGCAGGGAUAAGUGUUUUCUUCCGCGAUUUAUGCAGCAGAGUAGUGACUGAAGAGGGUAUUAAUAAUUUGAAGACAAACGCUCCAGUCAGCAUGUGCAACCUCGAGAAGAUAUUUCCUCCAUCAUUCUUUGAUGUUAUGGAACAUCUUGUUAUUCAUCUCGCAAGAGAAUUGGAACUUGGUGGUCCUGUGCAGUACAGAUGGAUGUAUAUUUUUGAGCGUUAUAUGCAUCAUCUGAAGAAGAUGGUCAAAAAUUUAAGCCGGGUGGAAGGAUCUAUAGUGGCACAGGUGAUCAAUGAAGAAACUGCAAUUUUUGCUGAAAAUUAUUUUCCACCAGAAGUGCAUACAAAACACCGAAGACCUUCUCGGCACAAUGACAGAGGAGAGAGAGCAACAUAUCAUGUUACUGUCCCAAGCAUGUUCAAGGAAAUAGGACGACUUAGUGGAACAUUCACGAAGCGGAGACUUACGGACACUGAGCACGCUCAUUUGCAAACAUAUUUGCUCACCAACUGUGAAGAUGUUCUACAAUAUGAGAGUGUAUAUAUGGCGGAGUUGCGUAUGACUCACAGCCAUGCAACAGAACAUGAGCUUCAACAACUUAGAGAUAAUGGAUUUGCUGCGUGGCUUCGUAGUUAUGUGAAUGAUGGUUUGGCCAGAGGUUUUGUGUUCGAUGAUUGGAUACGCGAAUUUGUGCAGGGACCAAACUAUGUGGUCAAAUCAUAUCCAAAAUUCUGUACGCGAGGAUAUGCAUUCACAAAGAAAGGUCAUUCUAAGACAACAUAUGAUGCUGGUGUUUCAUCUUCUUCCGGUGACGAUGUCUACUACGGCAACAUAAAAGAAAUAUUAGAAAUCCAAUUUCCUGGAAUGGUUGGAUUGCGUUGUGUAGUAUUCUAUUGUGAUUGGUAUGACACCACCCUAGAUAGAGGAGUGAAGAUUGAUGCGUUUGGUGUUAUAUCGGUUCAUUCGCGGCGGAAACUUCAAUAUUAUGAUCCCUUCAUUCUUGGUUCGCAAGCUGAUCAGGUGUGCUACAUCAGUUACCCUCGGGUGACGUACAGAGACGAUCCAUGGGUCACAGUAACGCAAAUCAACCCAAGAGGACGAUUGAAUGGAAGUUCUGAUGAUGAUGAACCAUUGCAACCAGAGUCUACCAGCAACGCCCAGGCAGUUCAAGAUUUGGCAGAUGUUGAAUUCGUUGAGAAUUUUACUGAGUUUGGACUUGAUGCUGUUGUACAUUCGGAGCCAGAAGCUGAGGUUGGGGAGUUUGAUGAAGAUUCAGAAGAUUCGGAUUAGGUUUUUUUUUUUUUUUUUUUUUUCCUCGGUCCG